CUGCGGGGGUAUCCAACGUAAUCUGUGUCCGGUUCUUGCAGUCAGCCAUGUUUUGUGUAUGGAGAUUGAAGUGAAGUGGUGAAAAAUUUACAGAGAUAUUUUAAUUGUGUGUAGCGUAGCAGAAAUCUGUUUACUGAUGGGAAUAAUAUCAAUUUUAUCUAUCCACUAGUGCUAGUGAGAUUUCAAUGUGUUUUGUGAAAAUUGUGUGAUUUCAACGUAAAAAUGAAUUGGGGAACCGAGCUUUGGGAUCAAUAUGAUAACUUAGCCGCCCAUACACAUAAAGGGAUAGAGUUCCUAGACAAAUACGGUAAUUUCGUCAAAGAGAGAUGCGCUAUUGAACUAGAAUAUGCAGGGAAAUUAAGGAGGCUUGUGAAAAACUACCAACCUAAAAGGAAAGAAGAAGAUGAAUAUCAAUACACACCAUGUAAAGCGUUCAAAAAGUUGUUACAAGAGCUGGGCGACUUCGCUGGGCAACGCGAAGUUGUUGCUGAGAACUUACAGUCCAAUGUCGUUCGAGAGUUGCACUUACUCGCAAAAGAGUUGCGAGAGGAGAGGAAGCAACACUUGAACGAGGGUGCGAAACAAAUGGCGGUGUUGAGCACAGCGGCGGGUGCAUUGGAGCGUGCGAGGCGGGCGUACGAGCGAGCGGCGAGAGAGUCGGAGCGGGCACUUGAGGCCUUCCAACGGGCAGACGCGGACUUUAAUCUCAGUCGAGCCGAGGUUGAGAAACAAAAGACUAAUAUGAAAUUAAGAAGUCAAGCGUGCGAAGAUGCGAAACAGGAAUACAUGGAUCAACUAAAAAAGACUAACGAGGCACAGAGACAACACUAUGAACAGAGGCUGCCUCAUGUCUUCAAACAAUUACAGGACCUAGACGAGAAAAGAAUAAAGCAAAUCAAGAAUUUCAUGUUGAGUUCUGUUGAUGUUGAAAGGAAGGUAUUUCCCAUAAUAAUGCAAUGUUUAGAAGAAAUGGAACACGCUGCAAACAGUAUUAAUGAGAAAGAGGACACACAGCUAGUAAUAGAAAGGUACAAAUCUGGCUUCCUACCGCCCGAAGACUACCGUUUCGAAGCGGCAAGUGGUGCUGAUGCAACGGACUCUGCGCCGGCGCAUCCCACGCACAAUCACCUCACGGCUGCGCGGGGCACUGUAUCUGGCAACCGGAUUAAGAAACGAGGAGGCCUACUCUCUAUAUUCAGCUCCAAUAAGAAGAUUAUUGAGGCGUGCAAUUCGAUCAAGAUGGGAUUUAUAAAUAAUAUGUCUAUGGAUGGAAAGGAGGAUUAUUCAGACUUACCACCGAAUCAGAAGAAAAAGAAGCUGCAAGCAAAAGUACUUGAGUUAAAUAAACAGGUCGCGCAAGAGCAAGCCGCUAUGGAAGGUCUAAUGAAAAUGAAAGGUGUUUACGAGAUAAACCCAACGCUAGGUGAUCCUAGGACUGUUGAAGGACAACUAAACGAGUGUUGCGACAAAUUGAAGAAAUUAAAAGAUCAGUUACGCAAAUACGAAGUGCUAUUGGAAGAGGCGAAUAACCAAGUCUGUGCUCCGACGCUGCAUCCUGUCGCAAGAACUAAUGGAGCCGCACCUAAUCAAGCUACAAGUAUCGGGUCAAACAGUGAAUCUCUAUCGCGGUCCGCGUCCGAGUCGUCCGUCAGUACAGGGGGCUGCGCGGGGGCAGGCAACGCGGGGGGAAGUAGGGCGGCAGGAGGAUCCCCUGAGUCCGGUCUUGGGGGGGAACUGGCGGCUGCACACGCGGAACACACGGAUAACCACGAACACGACGAAAACGACGAGCACUGUGAUCAUGAAUCAGACUUUGAUUAUUAUUAUGAGCCAGAUUUGCAGCCGCUGGGCUAUUGUAAGGCCUUGUAUGCGUUUGAAGCAAACGGGACAGGAUCAACAAUGCGAAUGGAGUGCGGAGAGCGACUAUUGGUUUUAGAGACGGACGCAGGCGACGGAUGGACGCGGGUGCGACGAUCACACACGCGUGAAGAGGGAUUCGUACCAACCACGUAUAUUUCUACUACCCUAUAUUCGGAUGCCCAUGGGCACUAGCUGGUGGUUUACCAUCGCGGCGAUCGCCAGCGAUGAGGUGUUGGAGCUGAAUCCUUAGCGCUUUGCGCGUUGUGGCCUAUACGUAUAUUUUUGCUAUAAUUUAUCCAUGGGCCAUGAAAAAUGCUCAUUAUGAAUAAUUAUAAGCUGCGACCUGCUAUCGCACUAUAUAGUUAUUGUGACGUCACUAUUUAGAAACAAAUACGACUGGGUCAAAAAUACUAGUAAAUGGACUGUUAAAUAGAUACCUUUUUCUUUUAUGAAAUAUCUUAUUUGAUAUUUAAAUACAGAUUUUAGGUAUAUGAUAUUUAAAUAAUGGAUUCAGUCACUACACUGAGAACGUAGUACAAUUGCUAUUUAGUUAGUUAAAAUUUUAAAUACUGAAACAAAACAAAGAGACUAUUUAAAUUUAUAUAAAUGUAUUUAAAUAUCAAAUAGCGGGUAUGGACUAAAUUUUUAUAAACAUGAAUUUGGGGUGCGCUUCAUAGUAAAUCGAUUAGUUAAGCAUAACAAGAAACUCAUUAGUUAAGAAACAUUUUAUUUCAGUUAGAAGUUUUUUUUUUAUCUGUUAUCCGAGAAGUCUGUUGUUUAUUUACUAUGAUUUAAGAAGUUUCAUUUUAAUUUAUUUAGUUUUUCUUAAAAACGGACCAGGCAAAGCAAGGUAAUUUUAAUUUAUAAUAUGCGUGUAAGGAAACCGUUAUAACCAAUUGGAUUGUUUUCAAUUCAAUUCGACUAAGUCUAAAACAUGUUGAAGCGCCAACCGAAGCACAUUUUUCUUAGGCCCAUGGUUUAGCGUUAUUCACGCCCUUCAUAAUAACAUUCCAUGAUCUUAUUUAUUGUGUAUAUUAUUUGUGGCGUACAUAUUUGUAUGUCCGUAAUUAGGGUUUAAAUAUAUUUUUGUACGCAUCUUCGUUGUGCCAGCUGUUUGUUAAGGUUUUUUGUACUUAUGAAUUAGAUUAUUUGCUUGUGAUUACGCCAUUAUCGAAAUUAUAGCAAAAAUAAGUUGAUGUAUUAUAUUUAAACUUAAAUCUUUAUGGUACUCAUUCACCUAUGGAUUUAUGGUAACGUAACGCUAUUUGGGCCUUGAGUAGGAAGUCUUUGAAAAAAAAUUCUAUCAUAAUUAUUUUAUGUAAGAAACUCCUUUUUCAUAUCUGUUAAGAUCAUAUGGAAUUCAAUGACAUUUGCAGCGGGAAAAUGUAUUGAAAUGUCAAAAAUGGAUUUGAUGUUUACAGCGCCUGUCAGAAAAAGGAAACUAAUUCGAAUUCAAAUUUAAAAAUGGAAUGUUUUUUCGUUAGUUUUCGUGCUCUGUGUCCAGAUAUGUAUGAUAUCGCGCUAAUGUUAAAUGAAUCUUAUUUAGGGUAAUGCUAGCUAAAAUACAAUUAGCCAAUGCUAUUUUCUGAAUUUUUGCUGUAUGCAAGAAAUAUCAAUGUAUUUAUAUAUAAAGAGAUGAUGGAUGAAUGUUUGCAUUUGAUUUUUAUAUAAAAUAAAAGUAUAUGAUGACAGAUUAAA